AUGGCGUCUCAACACGGCGCCCUCGUCGUCCUCGGCUCCGGUCCCGGGAUCGGCUCCCACGUCGCUGCCCUCUUCGCCUCCCGCGGCUUCAACAAGAUCGUUUUGAUGUCCCGCAACGCGGAGCGGUUGAGACAAGACGCCUCUUUCGUCCAGUCCCGCGCUCCUGACGCCGUGGUAGAGAUCGUCACGAUCGACUUGGCUGACUCUGAGAGCGUAGCGACUGCACUUGCGGAGGUUGAUGAACGCCUCGAGGGGACGAAGCUGGAAUGCGUACUCUUCAACGCGGCGAGGAUAGGGGCGAGCAAACUGCUUGAAUGGACGCCUGAACAGCUCGAAAAUGACCUCAAAGUCCUGCCCCCGCUGCCCCCAACACUCGCUUUACUAAACCACAUAUCUAACGAAGUGGCGCAAUGGGCUAUCCCGCACCUUCUCAAACUGGCCGGGGAGGGGAAGGAGGGGUAUAAGCCGAGUUUCCUCGUGACGAGCGGCGGGUUGUAUAAGAACCCGUUUCCAGAUCGGUUCAGCCUGGCGGUGCAGAAGGCGGGGCAGUAUAAUCUGGUGCAUUCGCUUUGGAAGGCUUAUAACUCGCAGGGGGUGCAUUGUGCGUUGAUUGUCGUGCAGGGACAAGUCAAGAAGGAGGCGAAGGUUACGACGCCGGAGCAUAUCGCGGAGUGUACGUGGAAGUUGUAUGAUCAGGAGAAGGGGAAAGGGGAUCUGGAUGUUGGGAUUGUGGAUCCGGAUUAUAACAAGUGA